AUGGAAAAGCAAAAAGACGGCCAGGAGGCUAUUAGUGCGAUGUCGUCAAAUUCGAAUUUACGAUAUCUGAAAAGCGUGAGGACAAGGUUUCGUAAUACGUUGAAGGAAGAGGUUGAGAAAGCUGCAUCAUUGUUAACGUCGGAGUGUGAGGAAUACGAGUUAGAUGAAAAAAUAAGCAGUGCUUCGUCAUGUAUGGAAAAGAUUAGCUUAUACCGAGAAAAGGUAGAAAAUCAGAGCGAAAAACUAGUCACAUCGAUGGGGGAAAGUGAAGAAAUUGAGGUGAUUGUGGAUGAUGACUGUAGUUUGUGUUUCCGUGCAAUGGACAUUUAUCUAGAACUAAAGAAUUUCUUGAGCAAACUUUAUAAGUUAAAGGACAAAUUAGAAGAAAAACCACAUGAAGAGUCGGACACUCAUCUGUUAAUUCAACUACAGCAAAAUAUGCAACAAUUAAUGUCUUCACAAAUGAAGCAACAAGAAUUUACAAACAGAAAAGAAGCUGAAAAACUGUCAUCAGUUAAGCUACCGAAAAUAGAUAUGAUAUCUUUCGCCGGUGAUAAAACUAAGUGGACUGAAUUUUGGGACUGUUUCCAGAGCGCGGUACACAACAAUAAAAUGAUAUCAAACAUUGAAAAAUUUACCUAUCUGAAGAGCAAAUUAUUCGGUGAAGCAGGAAGGGCGAUUGCUGGAUUAGCCCUGUCGAGCGAAAACUAUAACGUAGCAAUAGACAUUUUGAAGAAAAGAUUUGGCAAUUCACAAGAAAUAAUUGAUCUACAUUACAAGCGACUGAUAAACAUUCCGUCGGCUACAAACAAAGUUAGCAGUUUGAGAUAUUUGAUAGACAAUGUCGAUAAACAUUUUAGAAGUCUGGAAAGUCUCGAUCAAAACGUCAACCAAGACAUUAUUGUGUCGAUCAUAAAGUCGAAAAUACCUGAAGAUGUGUUACUGCAACUUGAAAUCAUGAAAGAUGUCGACGAAAAGUGGACAGUUAGAACUAUAAGCAAACGGUUAAAUGACUAUAUUGUAGCGCGUGAAAGGGCAGUAAAGGACACGAACAGUACCGACAUUAGACAACGACGCUCAGCUACGAUGUCAUAUGAAAAGAAAGAGCGAAGCUUUGGACUGGGAAUGAGAAAUCGUACGUCUGAAUCUACACCAAAACAUACGACAGAGGCGUUUGUAGCGGGAGAAAAUAGAGCAAUUACGCAAACAUUUACGAAAGCGUGUAGAUACUGCAACGGCGAGCACUGGAGCGAUGAAUGUAAAAGGUAUAAAACAAUUGAUGAAAGGAAAAAACGGUUGAAAGGAUGCUGUUAUAAAUGUUUGAAAGAUAAUCAUAGAGCUAAGGACUGUAAAAGCACAAGAGUUUGUACGUACUGCAAGAAAGUGAACGUACAUCACAGAAGUUUAUGUGACAAAAGAUUUCAAAUUAAUCAAAAUCAUGAAAGCGCAAAUUUGUCCAAUGAAGUGGAAAAUGUUGAAAAUACGGAAAGCGAAAAUAAAACAUUAGAAAACGAAGAAACAGGACUUCUAUCUUACAAUGAAAAUGUAUUAAUGCAAACAGCAUUUACAGAAAUAAAAAAAUCAAGAAAUGGGCAAAGUGAACAUGUAAGACUUAUGCUUGACUGUGGAAGUCACCGAACAUAUGUUUCACAAAGUUUAGCAGAUCGUUUGAACCUGGAGGUAAAUGGAGAGCAAAGCAUUCAUCUUAUAACAUUUGGUAGCAGAAAUAAAAAGGUUAUACAAACAAAAUCAACGAAGAUCGAUAUUAAACUUCAAAACGGAGAGUACAUGACACUGACUGCAAAUAUUGUACCCAACAUCACUGGAACUAUCAGUAGAAAGGCGGUUAGAUUGAAAUCACAGUCUAAGUUUGACAGUCUUACAAAGGAUCUUAUAUUAGCGGACAAAAUCCCCACCCAAAAUGAAACUGAAACACUUGAUUUGCUUAUUGGUAAUGACUAUUACCUGGACAUUGUGCAGACUGAAAAAAUCGAAGUUCAGCAAGGACUGUACCUAUUAGCGACAAAAUUUGGCUGGAUGCUUUCAGGGAGAACAGAAGUUACUGAUGAAUACGAUUCUAGUGACAUGAACAUGUUGAUUCUAAACUAUGGAAAUAACGUAACGAAAACAAAUGUAUUCACAAACGCGGACAGUGUAGUUCCAACAAAACCAGAUAUCGAAGACUUUUGGAAUGUUGAAUCUAUUGGAAUAACUACUGAAAGGGAAAACACAGAUGAUCAAAUUGUUAUGCAACAUUUCAAGGAUACACUUAAGCGCGAGGACGGGCGAUAUCAGGUUUCAUGGCCAUGGAAACGAGAUAUUGAUGAAUUGCCGGAAAAUCGUGGAUUGGCAUUAGAAAGACUGAAAUCAUUAGUUACUCGAAUCGAAAGAUAA